AUGAAAAUUAUGAAUCAUUCUGUUGAGUUUGGCCUCCCAAGUCAAUAUUUAUGGAAGUUUCCACAAGGAAACACUCCUUUGGCGCCAGCUCCGUUUGAAAAAGAAUGGUUGGUCAAGUUUUACGAAUUUUGCAUGAAAACAUCUACUCCAUUAACCAUAGCAAUUGUGUACUUUUCAUUUGUUCACUUCGUAAACCCACUUAUUCGUCAAAGACAAGUUAAAAAGGCAGCAUUGAAGGAUAAAAAUGUCAAAGACUUAACAAAGAAGGAAAUCAAGAGGUUACCAGCAGCACCGUUUGCGAUCGCCAAAUACAAAUUGUUCAAAUUAUUUGUCCUCUUACACAAUAUAUUCUUGUGCUGGUACUCGGUGUGGACGUUUGUGGGUAUGAGCCGUUCGAUUUACCAGAAUAUACAAUCUUUGAAGCCACUCACGAACCCCAGUCGUUUCCAACAGUUUUUCCAAUCGGUGUGUGACUUAGAUCUUGGUGUUUUCAGCACUAAGUCAGCUCCACUCGACAGUUUGCUUCUGUUCGGGUUCUGGUUCUACGUAUCAAAGUUCUACGAGGUGUUGGACACUAUUAUCAUCUUAUUGAAGGGUAGACCAUCGUCAUUAUUACAAAGUUACCAUCACGCAGGUGCCAUGAUGUGUAUGUGGGCUGGUAUCAGAUAUCGUUCUCCUCCAAUAUGGAUCUUUGUCAUUUUCAACUCGUUCAUACACUCUUUGAUGUACUUCUACUUCACCUUGUCGUGCUUGAAAAUUAAGGUUCCAAACAUGUUUAAGAGAGCUUUAACAUCCAUGCAAAUCACCCAAUUUGUAGUCGGAGGUUCUUUGGCUGUAGUCCAUGCCUUCAUUUGGUACACUGAUUUAUCAACUGGUCAGAUUACAAACUGUAUUGGCUCUUCUGACCAAGCUUUACCAUUAAUCAUUAAUGUGGCCUACUUGACCCCAUUAACUGCCUUAUUCGCCGCUUUUUAUAUUGAAAGCUACAUGAAGCGUGCUCAAAAAUAG